AUGUUAAACUCCCUUCGAAAGCUGUUCUCCAACAACCACAACCACAACAACCCUACCUCCUCACGAUCGUCGGACGACAACAAUAAGAAUGAAUCAUCCUCUUCCGAUAAAAGUAGCAAGAAGGAACAAGUAAUCAUCAUUCAAAAUAACAUUGAUCCCUAUACUGAUCCAGACUCGGCACCUCUCACGUCAUUACAACGAAAUCGGGAGGUAUUGGUACGAAAAGUUUCAAUGACUGCUUCCAAUUUCUAUUAUCCCUACAAUUAUACAUGCGGAACGUAUGAAUAUCGUUUUGAAUCUCGUUCGUUGGUGUUUGUGGUUCACUCAAAUAUGGAUUUCAACGAUAUUGCUCCACCAGCUGUUGAAAUUCAUCAAGUAUCUCUGAUGAUUGAAUCAUUGUCCACUCCUUUACAUCAGGAAGAAAAGAAUAUUGAAAAUACUGAAAAUGAACCAAUCUCAUUGACGUUAACGGCCAACAACUACAUGACAAAAUGUAGUACAGUAUCUCCUCAUCUAUUGAGAAGGAUAAUUUCCGAGAUUGGACUUGAUCAAUUCAUAUUGUCAGAACGAUCAGCAUGGAAUUGUUUGAUGGAUUAUUUUAGAGUUUUUGGAUAUUUUCAUUAUGAUCUGAUCAUGCACCGACGUGAAUAUAUAGCUCAACAAAUUUCAUCACAUUUUGGAAUGAAUUGUACUCAAAAUUUAAGUGGAAUGUAUGAUGUGGAAUUUACGACCUAUGACAGCACAAGAAACAUGAAUUUAAAAUCAUUGAAAGUGGCCAUGUCAUGGGAACAACAAUCUUUAAUCAAGUCAAAACAAACGAAAAGAGUUGAAGGUCCGUAUCGAGUUAUUUUGGAAUAUAACGGACAAAAGUUGGAAUAUAUUGAACAAGCAACUGAGAAGAACUCUUUAUUGACCAAUGAAAGAUAUAGCAACAGCUCAAACAGCACAAACAUAUAUGUGAAUUCAAUAUAUAUCCACACAAGUGAAAUAUUAUUUAAUGAUGAAGUGAUUUUCAAGUGUACCUUUCCAUCAUACUAUGAAAGUGUAGCAUUCAAAAAUUAUUCACCUGGCAUGCGAAUUGAAAUUGAACAACGACACGAGUCACAUCCAAGCAUCAAGUUCGCUCAAACCAUUCUUGAAGAAGUCUUUGGAUAUGAAUUUAACAAUACCUUGAACCGAUCGAAUAGUGGCUCCAACAAAACGGUAUCAAUCAACAACAACAGCUCAAUCAACGCAAUGACCGUUGAAGAAGUUUGGACUUCAUUCAUGGAACUUCAUGGGUUCAGGGGUCUUUGUUCGCUUUUUUCAUUCUUCAAACCUUUGGAAAAUGAAUUCCUUGCCAUGAAUUUUAUGAAAUUGGCAAAAGAAAAAGAUUAUGCUGUAAUAUUGAGCGACAUUUUCAUUAAGACUUCAGUAGUGUAA